AUGGGAAAAGCAGCAUCGAAACUGUCUAAGGACGAGCUCACUGAGCUCAAGAAAGCAACCUACUUCGACCGAAAGGAACUGCAGCAAUGGUACAAGGGCUUUCUCAAGGAUUGCCCGUCUGGCCAGCUGAACAAGGAAGAGUUCCAAAAGAUCUACCGACAAUUCUUCCCAUUCGGCGACCCUUCCAUGUUCAGUGAAUACGUCUUCAACGUUUUUGACAAAGACAAGAGCGGAACGGUGGAUUACAAGGAAUUCAUCUGUGCGAUCAGUGUAACCUCGCGUGGAACCCUUGAGGAGAAGCUAGAAUGGGCCUUCCAGUUGUACGACAUCAACGGCGAUGGUAAGAUCAGCUACGAUGAAAUGCUUGCCAUUGUCACGGCCAUCUACAAGAUGGUUGGCUCAAUGGUCAAACUACCUGAGGAUGAAAGUACACCCGAGAAGCGAGUGGACAAGAUUUUCCGUCAAAUGGACAAGGAUCGAAAUGGUGAGCUGACUCUGGAAGAAUUCCGAGAGGGAUCCAAGGUUGAUCCCACCAUCGUCAGUGCUCUUAAUUUAUAUGACGGACUUGUCUAA